GGUUUGGAGCAGGUGAAGCUCUAGACAUGCACAUGGCAUCCAGCUCCAAUUCCAUGGAGGUUCUGCCUCUAGCCACCGCUUCUCCUCCGGUGUUGCUCAGCUUUGAGGAAUUGCUCAAUGAGGCCGGUGGAUUUGGCAAAUUUCAGCUCCGCAUCAUACUGAUCCUGAGUCUUGUCCGGAUCAUUGUUCCCCUCCAUUUCCUCCAGCACAACUUCAUCUCUGCUGUGCCACCUCAUCACUGCACCAUCCCCAACCACAGGAGACCCGACAACCGCAGCCAUGAAGACCUUCUGCUCAUCAACCUCCCCCAGAACCCAGACGGCUCCUUCAGCUCCUGUGAGAUGUUCUCCAAGCCGCUCCAGAACACAUCCCAAGGAGAGGACCAUUCCACGGUGCACAGCUGUGACCAGGGCUGGGAGUAUGACCGCUCCAUGUUCUCCUCCACCACAGUCACACAGUGGGAUCUGGUCUGUGAGAGGAAAGGGUUAAGCCACCUGCUGGCCACCUUCUUUUUUAUCGGAGUGAUGCUGGGGUCAGUUGUCUUUGGGUACCUUUCUGACAGGUUUGGACGUAGAUCGAUGCUACUUCUUUCUUGGGUCCUGUCUCUGGUCUUCGGGGGACUCUCUGCGGCUUCAGUAUCAUACCCAAUGGCUGUCAUUUGCCUGACACUAUCCGGAUUAUCUCUCUGUGGAAUGCACGGCAUUGUGAUAGUCCUGUGUUUUGAGUGGGUGGACCUCCAGCAUCGUACAGCGGCCGGGAUUUUUACUAGUAUCGGCUGGUCUAUAGGAACCGCUCUUCUAGCACUGAUUACCUAUCUAGUCAGAGACUGGCGCUGGCUGAUGGUGUCCAUCACAGCACCAUGUCUUCUAGGCAUAGCCAGUGUCUGGUGGCUUUCUGAAUCACCUCGGUGGUUGCUGAGUAAAGGCUUUAUUGAGAGAGGAGAGAAGGAGCUGAUGCAAUGUGCUGCCAUGAAUGGAAAGAAACUGAAUUCUUUCACUGAAAACAAAGAGAAUAUCCAGAAGCUGGUGGACUCAUUAGGAUCGUCCUCCACCAACUACUCCUACUUUGACCUGUUCCGGACUCCGAGGCUGCGCAGGAUCUCGCUGUGUGCAGGACUGUCAUGGAUCGGACUUGCCUUCUCCUAUUAUGGGAUCAACCUGAACAUCUCUGGCUUCGGACUGAGCAUUUACCUCACCCAAUUCCUGUACGCCCUGGUGGAGGUGCCCGCCAGGGUGGGCGGCUACCUCCUGCUGAACUAUCUGGGAAAUCGACGGACAGAAGUCUUCACCGUGCUGAUGACCGGAGCGUGUCUAGGAGCCAAUGUGUUCAUCCCUGCGGACAAGGGGCCACUUCGAACAACGUUUGCUGUUCUUGGAAAGGGCUUCGCCGAGGCGUCUUUCUGUGUAAUUUAUAUGCACACAUGUGAACUGUACCCUACAGUAAUACGACAAAGUGGCAUUGGCUACACAGCAUUUUUGGCGAGAUUUGGGGUCAUACUUGCUACACUGCUGAAAUUACUGGAUAACAUCUGGCCACCUCUAUCACAAUUGGUAAUCUGCAUCACGAUGGUAGUCUGUGGACUGAUAGUCAAUCUUCUCCCCGAGACUCACAACACCCGUCUGCCGGAUUUCAUCAGUGAUGUAGAAGACAGCAAGUCAGCAGCUGGCCGGUCAGAUGAGACACGCGCAUAAAGAAUUGCCCAGUAACUAGCAAGCAGCCCCUUCCCCCAUGUGUGAUGAUGAUUUGGUCGCGUGACCUGCAAUAUACAGAGUGGAUGCCUCCCAAGUGUCCCUCUUUUUGAUCCAAGUCCAUAUUUUUUCUGUAAAUGUCUU